AUGGCCGACGCAAGCGACGCCGCGGCCGACAUCAGCCUCAAUGUCAAGGGCCCCUCGGAGCUCAAGCUGAGCCUCACCAUCCCCGCCGACCACACCGUGCGCCAGCUCAAGGAAAAGAUUGAAAAGGAAAAGCCCGACUUCCCCGCAGACGCCCAGCGCCUCAUCUACGCCGGCAAGGUGCUCAAGGACGAGGAGCCCCUCGCCACCUACAAGGUCAAGCCGGGCAACACCAUCCACAUGGUCCGAUCCGCAUCACGCUCCGCUCCCGUCACGGGAAACCCGCAGAACAACGCGCCCCCCUCUACCGCCAACGCCAACACCUCGUCGUCGACCGGCGCCGCCUCGGCCAACAGCGCCCAGGCGCAGGGCGUCCCCGCCAACUUUGCCGCCGGCCAGAACUUUACCAACAACCCGCUCUCGGCCCUCAACCGCGCCGACCUCGCAGGACCGCACAUGGCGCGCCUGCUCAACGAGAGCGGCGGCGCAUUCGGCCAGAUGGGCCUCAACCCGCGCGACCCCAACAUGAUGCUCGGCAUGAUGCAGAACCCCGAGGUGCAGCGGCAGAUGCGCGACAUGAUGAGCCGCCCCGAGUUCGUCGACCAGAUGAUCGCCCUCAACCCUCAACUUCAGGCCAUGGCACCCCAGAUGCGCGAGAUGAUGCGCUCCGAGCAGUUCCGCGAGAUGAUCACCAACCCGGAGUCGAUGCAGAGGAUGGCGCAGAUGUCGCAGAUCAGCCUGCUCGGACUCGGUGCCGGUGCAGGCGCCGGUGGCGCGACGGGAGGCCAGCCGCCGGCCAACCCCUUCGCCGCUCUUGGUGGUCUCGGAGGUGCUGGCGCCGGCGGACAGGGAGCAGGAGCCAGUCCCUUUGGCGACCCGGCUCUGCUGCAGCAGCUGCUCGGAGGGCUUGGAGGCGCUGGUGGAGGAGCGCCGGCCGCGCCGCGCGAUUCCCGACCUCCCGAGGAGCGCUUUGCGACGCAGCUCGAGCAGAUGCAGGCCAUGGGCUUCUACGACGGAACGAGCAACGUGCGCGCGCUGCUCAUGGCCGGAGGCAGCGUCGAGGGUGCCAUCGGCAUCCUGCUCGACAACCCCAACCCGCCUCCGACGGGUGGUCAGUGA